UAUUAGAAUAUUCAUUUCCAACCUCCUCCCUUACCCAUUUCCCAAACAAACCAACAACCCAAAAAAAAAACCCUCAAAUCAAUUCCCCUAAACCCUAAAGGCGUCAUUACAACAAUGGCGCUCGAAAUCGACGCUUCAUCGGCGUCGGAAAUGACGUCGGUAGAGAAGGAUUUUGAGGGAUCAGAAGUGCCGAAAUGGGAACAACAAUUAACGAUACGAGCAUUUGUCGUUAGUUUCGUGUUAAGCAUUCUAUUUACAUUCAUUGUAAUGAAACUCAAUCUUACCACCGGAAUUAUACCGUCGCUUAGUGUUAGCGCCGGUUUAUUGGGUUUCUUCUUCGUUAAAACUUGGACAACGUUGUUAGAUAAAUCUGGUUAUCUUAAACAACCUUUCACUCGUCAAGAAAAUACUGUUAUUCAGACUUGCGUUGUUGCUUCUUCCGGCAUCGCCUUCUCGGGAGGUGCGGCGAGUUACGUACUUGGGAUGAGUGAGAGAAUUGCAUCACAAGGAGAUAAAGCCUUUAUACAUGAUAUCAAGACACCUUCUUUAGGUUGGAUGAUUGGCUUUCUCUUUGUUGUUAGCUUCAUCGGCCUUUUUUCCGUUGUUCCCCUCCGUAAGAUUAUGAUUAUUGACUACAAACUUGUUUACCCGAGUGGAACUGCUACUGCCCAUCUCAUCAACAGCUUCCACACUCCAGAGGGUGCCAUCAUAGCCAAGAAGAAGGUGAAAAUGUUGGGGAAAUAUUUCACAUUAAGCUUUGUGUGGGGUUUCGUCCAAUGGUUCUUCACAGGAGGAGAUGAUUGUGGAUUUUCGAAUUUUCCUACAUUUGGUUUAAAAGCCUAUCAGCAAAAGUUUUACUUUGAUUUUUCUGCAACAUAUGUGGGUGUGGGGAUGAUUUGCCCAUAUCUUGUUAAUAUAUCUCUACUACUUGGAGCAAUUGUAUCAUACGGUAUCAUGUGGCCUCUCAUUGAGAAACAAAAAGGUCAUUGGUAUGAUAAAAGCCUUAGUGAUGACAACCUUCAUGGUCUACAAGGCUAUAAGAUUUUUAUUGCAAUAGCAAUCAUCCUAGCAGAUGGACUCUACAACUUCAUCAAAGUCUCCUAUCAAUCAAUAUUAGGUUUAUCCAAACAAUACAAACAAAAAAACUCAGAUACAAUUCUUCCAUCAAACAAUACAUCUGAAGUUCCCACUUCUGAAUCAUUAUCAUUCGAUGACCAAAGAAGAACACAGUAUUUCCUGAAAGACAUAAUCCCAACUUAUGCAGCAGUUUCUGGGUAUGUAGCAAUUGCUGCAAUCUCCAUUGGUGUACUUCCACUGAUAUUUCACCAGCUAAAAUGGUACCAUGUUUUGGUCAUGUAUAUUGUUGCACCAUUGUUGGCCUUUUGUAAUGCUUAUGGUGCUGGUUUGACUGACUGGUCGUUGGCGUCGACGUACGGGAAGUUGGCUAUAUUUGUUAUUGGUGGUUGGGCUGGUGCUUCUCAUGGUGGGAUUGUUGCUGGACUUGCUGCUUGUGGUGUUAUGAUGAAUAUUGUUUCUACUGCUUCGGAUCUCACACAAGAUUUCAAAACAGGUUACAUGACACUAGCAUCACCAAGAUCAAUGUUUGUGAGCCAAAUAAUAGGAACAGCAAUGGGUUGUGUAAUAUCACCAUGUGUAUUCUGGAUAUUCUACAUGGCAUACCCAGAUCUAGGGUUACCAAAAACCCAAUAUCCAGCCCCAUUUGCAUCCCUCUAUCGAAACAUAGCCUUACUUGGAGUUGAAGGAAUAAGUUCAUUACCUAAACAUUGUCUAACCUUAUGCAUAAUAUGUGCAAUUAUUGCAUUAGCCAUAAAUGGGUUAAAAGACAUUGUUGGGGAAAAGUAUUCAAGAUUUAUACCAAUUCCAAUGGCAAUGGCUAUACCUUUCUACCUUGGUGGUUACUUUGCUAUUGAUAUGUGCCUUGGUAGUUUGAUAUUGUUUUUGUGGGAGUACAAGAAUAAGGCUAAUGCUGAUAUAUACGCGCCUGCUGUCGCGUCUGGGUUGAUAUGUGGUGAUGGAAUAUGGUCUUUGCCAAGUUCUAUACUUGCUUUGGCUGGUGUUAAACCACCUCUUUGUCUCCAAGUUGUUUCUAGCUAGUUCUAGUUACAUUACAUCAAUUUGUGCUCAUUUUGUCUAGCAAUCUUGUUAACCUUUGUGAUAGAUUCUAGUACAAUACAAUUGUUAUGGAUUUUUUUUUUUGCUUACUAUUGUUACAAUUGAUAAAUAAGAAUAUAGAUUCUAGUA